CAGGCGAUAGUAGGAAAAUGACCUACACUCCCCCCUAGGCGGCACACCGAUGGGAUCAUAUUCGAUACACCUUACAGUCCUUUUUGCAUUUUUAACCAGCUUGGGCGUGCAAAUUCAUGCACUCUCUCCAGAAUAUACCGCGUGCCAAUUGCAAAAGAGCGUGGUCGCAUCCCCGUUGACUGGGUGCCCAAAAGGAACGAUCUUUGUGUCGCCCACAGAUGACAGAGCAAGUUUCAAAAAAGUCCAAGAUGCAAUAAAGUCUCUGCCAGAGACGGGCGACGCAAUCAUCCUAAUCGGAGAAGGAGAAUACAAUGAAAUGGUUAAUGUCGCGCGGGCUGCACCGCUCACUCUUCUGGGUCAGCUUGAUCCUUACACGGCUUACGAUUCAGCGGGGAAUGCUUCUCAACGCAACCUUGUUCAUAUUUGGAACAAUUUAUAUGUUCACGAUGGGUUGACCGACGAGGAGACCGCAACCCUCACCGUCGCGCCUGCCUCUGGAGAGCACUUCGGCAACACUAACUUCAGAGCGUAUAAUAUCGACUUUGAAAAUCGCGCUGCCAACUACGCGAUUUCUCAGGCCCUCGUCACCUCCCUCAACCAUGUAAAUGCUUCCUUCUAUGGCUGCACCUUCGCUAGCUAUCAAGACACGUGGUACACCGGCAGUGGUGCAUAUACAUAUGCCGUCGACAGUAUAAUAUAUGGUUCAACUGAUUAUCUUUUCGGAUAUGGCACUGCGGUACACGCGGCACCAGGAAUGGGGCUAUACAUCGCCGAUUCCAAAAUCAUUCGGUCACCGGAUGCUAGUGCGACCACUGUGACUAAUGCCCAAUGCUACCUCGGACGUCCAUGGAAUGACCUGGCCAUUGCUGUAUACUUACGCACUUACAUGGACGAGAGUAUUCCACCCCAAAUACUGGCACUAUUCCACGCACCACUUACUACGCCGAGUUUGAUUCAGUAUGGUCCUGGAGGGGGCACGUCGAAACGUGUAGCACAAGACCAUAUCAUGACUUCCGAGGAGGUAGACAAAUACUUCACAUUGGAGGAAGUGUUUUUUGAAACACCAGCGUGGAUUGAUUUUAAGUACAAGUAUUGA